CCGUGCCGCUGAGCUCCAAAUCAAGCGUCUCGCUCUCCGCUCAGGGGCUGCCUCUGCUGCUGCUGUGACGCCGACGCCACCGUCGCUUCCUCCCAACACCAACCACAACAACAACCACCACCACCAACCACAGUGCCGGCGUUGCGACCGUUCGCUAAAGCCCGCCGGUGUUCCGAGGGCUCCCGCACGCCCCUUCCUCGCGGCCACCCCUGCCCCCUCUCACCGUCGAGCGGACGUCCCUCCGUCAACCGGCGGUAACGACGUGAACAUCGAUUCCCCCUCUGCACGGGCCAACCCUCCCCCCCCACCUCAUCUUCUUGUGCCGGAGGGCCCCACGAGCAAGGAAGAACCGGGGUGGGGAUCACGGACGCCGGAGCGCCAAAUGAGCCAGUGAGGAGACGAGACGCGGAGGUCACCGGCGGAGCGCUGGACAGGUCAAGGCGAGGCGACGAGGGCAGGAGGGAUUCGGGGAGCGACCCACGCAACGUGGCGACGGUUCACCUCCCCGCCAUGGCGUCCAAUUUCAACGACAUCAUCAAGCAGGGCUACGUGAGAAUGCGGAGCCGCAAGGUCGGGAUCUACAGGCGCUGCUGGAUGGUCUUCAGGAAAGCAUCGAGCAAGGGCCCUCGCCGCAUCGAGAAGUUCUGCGACGAACGGUCGGCGUACUUCAGCAAUUACCACAAGAUAACGGAACUGAGCAAUGUGAGGAGUAUAACCCGAUUGCCCCGUGACACCAAGAAGCAUGCGGUGGCCAUUAUAUUCCACGACGAGAUGUCACGAAUAUUUUCCUGCGACUCCGAGCUGGAGGCAGAGGAGUGGUGCAAGGUGCUGUGUGUUGAGUGCUUAGGAGCCAGACUCAAUGACAUCAGCCUGGGAGACCCCGACCUGCUAGCGGCUGGGGUCCAGCGUGAGCAGAACGAACGAUUCAGCGUGUAUCUGCUGCCCUCUCCAUACCUGGAGAUCUUCGGGGAGUGCACCAUGCAGGUGACCCACGAGAACAUCUACCUGUGGGACGUGCACAAUCCGCGCGUGCGCCUCGUCUCCUGGCCGCUCAGCUCGCUGCGGCGCUACGGCCGAGAUCCAACGCGCUUCACCUUCGAGUCCGGCAGAAUGUGCGACACAGGCGAAGGCCUCUUCACGUUCCAGACACGUGAGGGAGAGGCCAUUUACCAGAAGGUCCACACGGCCACGCUCGCCAUAGCCGAGCAGCACGAGCGAGCCCUGCUCGAGAUGGAGCGGAACGCUCGGCUGCUGACUCCGGCUGGACGCGACUUCUUGACCUGCCGCGCGGCUGUCGCGGUGGCCACGGCCCUGCCACGUGGCGGCUACUGGCAGCACAUCACGAGGCAGCGAAGCUCGUCCGACCUAUGUGAGCUGAGCAGCAGCAGCAGCGGCGGUGGUGGCGGCGGCUUCGGCAUCACGCCGUACGGCUCCUCCGGCCAGCACAGCAAAUACGGAGACUCAUCGCUGAGGAUACGACAUGCAGGAUCGUUCCAGGACUUUGCGACCGAGAGCCGGGGCAGAAUGACGUCUACCGCAGCCACAACCACCACCACCACGGGAGGACACAUGUGGCACUGAAAUGUCAUCUGAGAGCGAGAGAGCCUUGGCAUAAUUGACGACAUUGCCACACGCAGUUGCGUUCACGGAAACGAGCUAAAAUGAGGCGUAACUUGACGGCCAAUUGGUGGGUGAUGUUAAGCGAACCUUGGAAAUAGAUUGUUUUGUGUGUGGAGCGCUAUUCCUACUCAUCUAAAACCUUGGCUUAGGUCUGUUAUACCAUGUUAGUGGAAACAAACAAAAAAGUGUUGCAAUUUUGAGAUGUGAUGACAGUGUUUUAAAUCAUGGAACCUCCUUUGCCAGUACCAAAAUAUCAUGAUGUAGCUGCUCACCCCGAGCUCUCAUUACUCUGAUAGUGCAUUGUUUUUGGGCUGUACGUCUUUUGGCGUCCUCUGGUCUAGCGCCGUUUUGAGACGAGGCUAAAAAAAAGCUGUCUCCUCGUGUGGACCAAUCAGUUUCAAAGACAAUGCAUAUACUAUCAGAAUAUAUUUUUGUUUGCAUUCUGACCACAAGUAUUGUGGUUAAUGCAGACAUGAUUCCUUGUAAAAGGUUUCAGUUUGGUGUUUUAACAUCUUAACACAACUGUUUGUUGCCAGAAAAAAGGGGAAAACCCUCUUAUCAGUGUUAUGAAUGUUAAAACUUUCACGCUUAUUUUAACAUUAGCACGAGUGAAUUAAAAUAGGAAAAUUGUCCCAUCACUAAAACGAAUUCAAGUUGAAUCCUACUCACUUGAAAAUGACAUUCAAACACAAUAGAGGCUAUAAAUUAUGCCCCAUGCGGUCAUUAUUUUCCCGAAACGUCCAAAUAUAUGGUCAUAUGGACAGAUGCAGUUGUAUGUUCCACGCGUAGGCGUGAUGAGAGUUAUUCGUAGUUGGCGCGAUAACAAAACAGGCAGACGAGACAAAGGCUCGAGAUGACAGGUACGCGUAAUACGGAUGUGUCGGGUGGAUAGAUAAUACGACAACGGGUUAAGCAGGCCAACUGAAGUAUCGUCCGCGAUCAAGCAAGUCAAAGGCGUGGGCUUGAAACAUUUUGAAAAGUUCCGGAUGUGCACUUUGCGCAGAAGCCUUGGGCUGUGCUGUUGGCACAUUUUUUUUUGGUUUGUGGAGGGAGUAAAUAGUUCAGUGGUAUAAUUGAGCACCUUGUUCAACGGAGGCUUUUGUUUGAACAAUGCACGUGGAUUUCCAACGUGUUUGAAACUACAAUUGCCAUUCUGCACUGCGGCGGUUUGAUUUAACGCUAAGAUAUUUGGAUGUCUCGCAGUUAAAUUCGGAAUGCCUCAAAUGGAUGGUGAUAGUUUUCACAAUACAGAAGUAGAAUUACUGGCACUGUUGUUACUUUGGUGGCUUUUUUGUGGGAAAACCAAACAUACUAAACGUAGCAUCAGUAUGUUAGCCUGUGGUUCAUAAAACUAGGGGAGUUUUGUCAAAUAUUGCAAAGUGUCUCUGCGGGAUAUUGUACCAAAAGGGGUUGGAUUAAUUGAUAACAGGCUGUGCCAUUUAAGAUACGAUUUGACUGAGACAAGUUAAGGGCAAUAUGUGGCUAGUUAGUAAAGCCUAAGGCACACGAGUGGCUACCAAGACUGAUGUUUUUCUUGCACUGGCAGUCACAUCUCAAAUACCAUAGUCCACCAUACGUAUUCAAAUUGGUCUUUUCCUUUAGAUUGCAAGGGCCCUUCGUUGUAAUGCGAUCAGUUUUUUGCCAGUAACCGCAGAAACAUUAAAAAUUGCGGUGGGACAUCAGCCUACUUUUCAUGUGUUUAUGUGCUUAUGGGAGGCCAAAAUAAGCAUGUCAGCACUGCAGCUGGUCCAUGAUUAUCCUGGGUUGGAUUCCAGCCAGUAGGUCGAAAUGUACAGACGAUUUGGUUGUGCUCUGCAAUCAGCGAUGUGUCAGGCUAAGCCAGUACCUGGUGCUAUUUUUAGUGAUUGAUAGAAAAAAGGCAGCUUGGCAUCGUGCAAGCUACUUACCACCGUAUAUCCAGUAGAAUAUUCCCAGUGGCACUGGCUUUAACAGUGCAAUUGAAUAAUUUAAUGUAGGGAUGUUAUGGUUAAAAAUUGCAUAACCAAUUGUUACUACACAGUGAAACCUAAAAUAAUUUAGCAAAAGAUAGUCGAUUGCAAGACCUCUCUCAUUAAAUAAGUAAUGUGCGGUGCAGAAAACCAACAUGUCAUUUGGAGACACACUCCUUGAUGGCCACCAACCAUCACUAUAAAUUCCAGACUCGAGAACCAUCGUGCACAAGCACUGCACUGUCAAUAUAAUGGAGCUAAAUGCAUCGUUUCUACAACCACUGGAAAACAUUUCUGCUCACCCAUGGGGGCUGAGUCCCUCCCCCAACCACAGCCUGUGUGGUCAAGGAGUGUGGAGGUCAGGAAUAGAUGUUUGAAAUGAAAUGUUGUAUUAACGCCAAAUGUAGGCAAGCAUAAGACCACUUGAGAUCAUUUGUAAUUUCCGCUGUGUUAGCGGAUGAUGUCACGGAGAGUACGUUUUUGCUUGUGUUGUCAAAUCAUGACUGGAGUCAAGAGGUCAGCCCUAACAAAAGUAUGUGGUUCGGUUUACUAACUGUUCCUGGGGGGUAAGUGUGCUGAGCUCACUUGGGAUCAGUUUGGCUUGUGAGGAUUCCCAUGGCAAUGCAUUUGGAUGCAGCCCAGUUUGAGAAAAGAGCAAGCUUCGUUUUCGGUGUUCGUGCAAUUGUGUUGUUACUGGAAGUAAACCAGCAGGCCAUUAUUUGACUUGUGGAAUGAUAGCAUUAAUUUCCACUCAUUAAUAAAAAAAUAUAUAAUAUUUUACUCACGGUUAAAUUUCUACUCUAGUAAGCUCAUACCACUUUGAAAUGAGUCUCUUUUUUUCUUCUUCUGCAAACCACUUUCAACGAGCGCAGCUGUGAUGUCUAAAAACAACUGAUGUGUCCAGGUAGAUAUUUUACAUUUGCCUUUUGUUCCUAGAGUUGUAGAGAUGUGGUUUAAUUUUGUACAUAACGAAGAAUAUGAUUUCUCAAUGAUCACACUGCCGAAAUGUGUUGUAGUCAACAGAAGAUAGCAUAGAGUAAUGCAUGGUCUUAUAAUGUUGGCCAAGGUAGGAUAACCUUUGUCAAUAUCACGUACAUUAGUGUCCACUUGUAAUUGUUUUAAAAACAUCCGAUCUUUUAUGACGUGUUGUCUACUGCUUCAGUCACUAUGUAUUCAAUUUCAUUGUUUAACUGUGGAGUUGAUAAUAAAUAUUAAUUUACAGAUGUGAUUUAUAAA